AUGACCACACAGUCCAGCACAACAAAUACAGUGAUCAGUGUGCAAACCACAGAGUCCAGCACUUCAACCAGAGGGACCAGCACACUGACGAGUGAAUCAACUACAGAGGAGUGCGUAUGGGUCUGUGUGACAACCAGCAAAACCACCACAACUACAGACACCAGCAUAGAAACCACAACGACUACAGGGACGAUAACAACGAGCACUACAUUCACCGCUGUAACAAGUACACCAACCAUAACAUCAGCCAGUACACUGACCAGGACACCGACCACAGAGACCAGUACACCGACCAGCACAUCCAACACAGAGACCAGUACACCGACCACAUCGACCACAGUGACCAGUACACCGACCAGCACAUCAACCACAGAGACCAGUACACCAACCAGCACAUCCACCACAACCAGUACAACGACCAGCACAUCGACCACAGUGACCAGUACACCGACCAGCUCAAUGACCACAGAGACCAGUACACUGACCAGCACAUCCACCACAGAGACCAGUACACCGACCACAUCGACCACAGAGACCAGUACACCGACCACAGUGACCAGUACACUGACCAGCACGUCAACCACAGAGACCAGUACACCGACCAGCACAUCGACCACAGAGACCAGUACACUGACCAGCACAUCGACCACAGAGACCAGUACACCGACCAGCACAUCGACCACAGUGACCAGUACACUGACCAGCACAUCAACCACAGAGACCAGUACAUCGACCACAGAGACCAGUACACCAACCGGCAGAACGACCACAGAGACCAGUACACUGACCACAUCCUCCACCGUGACCAGUACACCGACCAGCACAUCAACCACAGUGACCAGUACACCAACCAGCACAUCGACCACAGAGACCAUUACACCGACCAGUACAUCAACAACAGAGACCAGUACACCGACCACAUCGACCACAGAGACCAGUACACCGACCACACCGACCACAGUGACCAGUACACUGACCAGCACAUCAACCACAAAGAUCAGUACACCGACCAGCACAUCAACCACAGUGACCAGUACACCGACCACAUCGACCAUAGAGACCAGUACACUGACCAGCACAUCAACCACAGUGACCAGUACACAGACCAGCACAUCGACCACAGAGACCAGUACACCGACCACACCGACCACAGUGACCAGUACACCGACCAGCACAUCAACCACAAAGACCAGUACACUGACCAGCACAUCGACCACAAAGACCAGUACACUGACCAGCACAUCGACCACAGAGACCAGUACACCGACCAGCACAUCAACCACAGUGACCAGUACACCGACCACAUCGACCAUAGAGACCAGUACAACGACCAGCACACCAACCACAGAGACCAGUACACCGACCACAUCGACCAUAGAGACCAGUACAACGACCACAUCGACCACAGUGACCAGUACACCGACCAGCACAUCCACCACAGAGACCAGUACACCGACCAGUACAUCGACCGCAGAGACCAGUACACCGACCAGCACAUUAACCACAGUGACCAGUACACCGACCAGCACAUCCACCACAGAGACCAGUAUACUGACCAGCACAUCCACCACAGAGACCAGUACACCAACCAGUACACCGACCACAUCGACCAUAGAGACCAGUACAACGACCACAUCGACCACAGUGACCAGUACACCAACCAGCACAUCGACCACAGUGACCAGUACACCGACCAGCUCAUCGACCACAGUGACCAGUACACCGACCAGCACAUCGACCACAGUGACCAGUACACCGACCAGUACAUCGACCAUAGAGACUAGUACACCAACCAGCACAUCGACCACAGAGACCAGUACACCAACCAGC